CAAAUACCUUCCUAUGUUUCGGCUCUUGACCUCGCAUACACACUGACUUCGACGUGGACAUAAAUGUUGUAGGUUCCCAUUUCAACAUCGUUUUUUUCAAAACUGUAUUUUUUGUAAAUUUGUAAUCACCGACGGCGACGGCAUCACGGGCCUGGUUGUAGGUCGGGUAAACACGAAACCGAAAGAGCUGAUUUUUCAGGGUGAAAAUGGUCCUCUCAGUUCUUGCUGAUUGGAAUAAAUAGGGCAGUUCGUUGUUGAAGACCCCGGGUGAAAUCGGAAAUAAAGUACGACACGACAAAACAGCUGCGGGCCUAUUUUUUUCCACCCACGACGUCGUUCGUUCCGCUUCCUUCCAUCUCUGUCGGUAGCUGUUCUUGACCCAAUCAGGAUGGGAAACUCGGCGUGCUGCCAGGCGGUGUGCGACAAAAGCAAUGAGAUCUUGAACGACGAGCGCGCGCUGGAAGACAGCCUCGAUCGGGUCGACCAAAUUGCGGUCAAGGUCAAGCAGCUCCAAGAGGAUUACGACACAAAACGAGCACAGUACGGCGACAGGGUCAAGGCCAAACAGGUCAACAACCAUGUGGCCCGGGCCAAUCCGAACGGGACCUCUUAUGAAGGGUACUAGUGCGGUCGUCAUUCACAUGAUCCUGAUAUUCGUGCUUGAGUAAUGAGUAUAGAAGUACUCCUGACGGUUCUGUAGUUGCUGAGUAAAUAAAUGCAUGACAUGAUAAGAACUAUGCAAAUAGAAAAAACAGAGCACUGCCAUCGUGAAUGAAAACCAACGAUCAGGCAGAUGAGCGGGAACUUCAAAAGCGGAUGGGGCAAGUACACGUACGUGGACCCCGCAGGCUUUUACGAGGGAGAGUGGGAGGAAAACCGAGCGCACGGUCUCGGUUGGUUCAAGGACACGGCGGGGGAGUACAAGGGAAACUGGCUGGCGGGCGAGAAGCACGGGCUCGGUAGAACAAGUUCUCAUUCGUAUCGCUAUAUUUUUUUGUCAUAAUUUUUUUAAUCAUAAUUUACGCCCAAGGGCAUGAGGACGGCGACGAACACAACGAACAUGUAUCAAUCUAUGAUGACAUGUUGAGAGAGUAGAUUGCAUUUAAUUUGUGAGGGAGUGCAUGGUUCUUCGUACAACUUCUAUUGAGCAUGUUGAAAAACUGCUGCACGACAGGUUGCGAAACAUGGUUCGACGACGAGACCGUUUUCAAGGGUAACUAUGUCAAGGGGGUGAAGUAUGGAACUUUCAGGAUUGAAAUUGACAAAGUUGAAAAAUUUGUAUAUCUAUAAAACGAUACCAGUUGGAAGCCCAAUUUUCCAGCGGCGCAUGACAAAUUUUGACGUCAUGGAACUCCAGUUUGUCAUGCUGUUUAGCGAAAGAAGGCGUCCUUUGUCAUGCUACUUUAGCAGCUCUAUCCCAAACCCGAAACACGCUGCUCACAAUCGGCCUCACUUGCAAUCCCUGCAAGACAGUCACUCUGCGCCUUGCAUUUUAGGCAUCACAAAUUAUUUCAACUUUAGCGAUUCCAAUCCUGACAGUUCCAUAUGAAGCAGGGCGACGGCGUGUACCAGUGGUCGGAUGGGAGCAGUUAUCCAAGGAAGAAGAUUGUUGGUGUAAAUUUGUGAUGCGCAACAUGCAAGAUGAUUGCGUCUGUCAUGCUUAGCAUGCAUCGCAGCGUCCACUAAAGGGCGUUUUCGCGUGCUAUCUGCGCAUGACAGGUUUUUGCUGUCAUGCCAGACGAAUUUGUAAUGCUGUUCCUCCAAAAAAGUUGCACCUACAAUGUUUUUUUCUUGGAUAGCAGUUAUCCAAGGAAAAAGAUUGUUACUGUAACUUCAAGAUGCGCAGCAAAAUCAAAAUGCAAGAUGGCUUCGUCUGGAGGUCUCUCAUGCUGGUCAUGCAUUUUUGUAGGCCCCAAUAAGUAUAUAAACCCAUGAUUCAAAGGCGUUCUCACAUACUGUCUGAGCAUGAGAGGUUUUUGCACUCAGAGCUGGAAUGUUGGUCGAAAAAUAAAGUGUCUAUGCACUUACAUCCCUUCUUUCUACUUGGAUAGCAGUUACGAGGGCCAGCUGCGGGACAACGUGAUUUGCGGCCACGGCCGGCUCACGGACGAUGAGGGCGUGUAUGUGGGGGAAUUCCUGGACAACGCCCAGUAUCCUGUGCAAAAGCAUCGUACUCGUAGUAAUUGCAAUCAUGCAUUACAAAUCUUUUUCUAAAGGUAAAUCCGCAUUACAAAUUUUAUUUCUCAUGCUGGAGAUGAAAUUCGUAAUGCAUUUAUACGACUACGAUACUUUUGCAAUUCAUACCCAGCACGGGCAGGGGAAGUGGCAGUAUUCCAACGGGGACUUCUAUGCAAGAAAAAAACUAUGUGAGUGUAAGUCUGUGAUGCAGAAAGUGCGAAACUGUUACACUUGUCAUGCUGGGUCUGCUUCAUAGGCUACACUCACACGUGUUUCCACGUACUAGCUGCGCAUGUCAGGUCUUCCCUGCAAUGCAAAGCGAAUUUGUGAUGCUAUUCUCGCUACACAGUUACACUUACACAGUUUUUUUCCUGGAUAACUUCUACGUCGGGCAGUUUGUGGACUCGCUGCGCCACGGUGAAGGGACGCUCUCGUGGUAAAAUUUGUAGUUUUGAUGGAGCCUCCAAGUGCUGAAGAAAUACUUAACGAUUGUUACUUAAAUACAACUCUCAGCUUGGCCUAUCUCUAUGCUGCAGGAUUGAAAUGAAAAUCUAGGAAGUAGAGGAAGUAGAAGUACAUCAAUAGGAUGAAACUGAAAUGAGAAUCCAACAGGACCCGCGAAAACAAGCAGUACUCGGGACAGUGGGCGCAGGGCGUUCCGCACGGUGUGGGCAAAGUGACCGUGCGCGACGUGGAGAAGUCCGCGUACUACAUCAACGGGAAAUCCUGCACUCAGGAAAAUUGGAUGAGGCACGCGGCAAGCCAGAAACAAGCGUGAUAUAAUUAAAGCUAAGGCUUGCUGUAGUUUCCAGAUUGCGUUUUUGUAAGGCUAAGAGUACAUUAGCAUACAACUGCUCAUCUGCAAGAAAUUAUUGGAAGGAGGGAUGGAUACAAUUACAAAUUUUCCUUUUUUGGGACUGGCAAAACAAAACUCCGACAGACAGGAAGCACAAGAUCAGCUUCAGCACCAGUUUUCCCUGCACUUGUUUCCCCUCCAAUUGCUUUUUGAAUAUAAACGUCUCGACGUCCACUUUCCACUUGAAUAAAACGUCUCGACGUCCACUUUCCACUCUCGACGUCCACUUUCAAAUGUACAGUGUUUUUUUUUUGUGUUGUCUGCGGACAAUGAUCUUGAGGAGUGCUGCUGAAAUUGAAUGUACAAAAUAUAUAAAUGGUUUCUUGUCAUCGCGAGAAAGUAGAUUUAUUUUUUGCAUGUGGGUAGCCGUGUAUAGAGGCUAAAAUCCCCUCGCGCAGGCAAAAAAAAAAUGGUUUCUUGUCAUAUGGACGAAGAUGCUGGAGAAGUGAAAGACUCAUGCUCACAUCAGGCCGAGCUUCGCUUUGGCAUGGUCGAACAACAUCAUUCUUGAAUCCAAUUAUUGAGCUGUACUUUUGUACGAUGUGGAGGAAUGCGUUCUUGUAGAGUUUUUUGAUGCCAUCGAGAAAAUUGUAAAAGUACAAUUUCAUCAUUCCCUAGCGCGGAUGAAUGAAGGAG